AUCAUAUAUCACUCCUACUCUCCCGAGUCCUCCCCUCUCAAAAAAAAAAGUUCUACUCUCAAGACCCACCAUCAAUUUGGCGGGUCUACAACCCAACCCACAUCCCAUUUUUUUCUUAUAAAAAAUUAUAACAAAAUAAUUAGAACCAUGGAAAAUGAUCAAACUACGUCCCUUCCGGGCCCAAAAAAACCGGCCCCUAAGCGAACCUCAACCAAAGACCGUCACACGAAAGUUGAUGGUCGAGGUAGGAGAAUUCGAAUGCCGGCGCAAUGUGCUGCGCGCGUCUUCCAGCUGACCCGUGAAUUGGGUCACCGGUCUGAUGGUGAAACUAUCGAGUGGCUUCUUCAACAAGCUGAACCGGCUGUUAUUGCUGCUACAGGAACCGGGACUAUUCCAGCUAAUUUUACUUCCCUUAGUCUUUCGGUUCGUCGCUCCGGUUCAACCGUUUCUUCCGGUUUACAUUCUAGACCUUUUGGGUAUAGUAACAAUUAUUUUGGUAAUAAUAACUUGUACGUUAGUCCUCCUAAUUGGUUGGGAUUUUCUAAUAUGUUGAUGAUUAACGGUGAUCAUCAGUUGAGUGAUCCAAGCCAUCAAAUUAAUAUAUUUCCUAAUAGUGGCUUGGUGGAAUUAUCCUCUAGUUCUUCCCCUACGUUACUUAAUCUACACCCUAGUGGAGAUUCUAACACGUAUGAUGGGAAAAAAUGUGCUUCUGAAGUGGACGAAAAUGAUGAUGAUGACAAAGAUCCGAAUCAGGAUUUAAAUGUUGGUCAUGGGUCGGGCCACGGGCCAGGAUUUGGUACGAGUAAUAGCAACAACGGUACAGUUGCAAGUGGGUUGCAUUUGAUGAAUUUUGUCAAUAAUAACAACAACAAUAAUACGCCAAUGGGAUAUUUCACCGGACAGUCGAUGGCGGGUCCUAGUGGUGGCGGUUUCAAUGGGCCGUUUGGGCCGAAUAACGGUCUAAGACAUGUGGCACCGGGUACAAUGAUAGGAUCCCACCCUCAAGAAGGAUCUAAUAACGUGAAUCAUGGAGACGCUAGCUAGGAGCUAGCUAGUAACUAUAAGCAACUAGUUGCUAGGUAUGUUAUUUAAUUUGUAGAUCAAUCUAAGUAAUUAAUGAAAUUAAUCAAGUGAGCAUAAGAAAGUUAUUGUUGAUUAAUUGUGUUGAUAUAAUUAAGUUUUUGACUUUUGUUUCUAUUGAAUUAUUGAAUUAUAUAAAAUAAGAAUUUUUUGUGUGAAUUUGAAAGGUGAAAAUUUC